AGGAGGUCGAAAACGGCUAAGAGGGAGGUUGCCCGGCUUACGUUGUAAAUGUUAGCACGAACGAUCGUAGUGGUUGUUCGAGAUAAGCGUCGGUGGAUUCUGGCGUAAAGCGUGUCACGUCGGAAACUCCGACGCACAGAACUCGAAACGGAUUUCACAAUAUAACUUUGUCCUAAGAACUCCUCGUCCCCGAGUCCCCCUCUCUGUCUUCGACCAAGUUACGAGAUAGUGCUGAUUAUGUGCCCGUCAUUCUCCAGCGGUGUCUACUUCAUCCUUCUCGCAAACUUGGGGUUCGCACAAUCCGGAAGACCGAUUAGGGCUCUAGCCUUCCGCAAAGGCAGCACCUUUUUCUAUCGGCUGAACUACAAGAUAAACUCACUCCCCUACACGACCAUCUUUGCGCAAGCGUCGGGCUUUAAGACGACAUGGCAACUGCCCACCACCGGCGACUAUCGCAACAUCCGGUCCCUACCUGACAUUCACGAGUGCGCCGAGCUCGUAUACGAAAGUCACGGUUUCGACGGUCGUUCUUGCUUAUUGAAGAAUGUCUGUCAAGCGUUACGGUACACGAGGCAGCAGGAUGGCGUUAUAGGAAAGAUAUUGAAAUUAUUCGUAAGAUUGUACAUUAAUAAUGAUACUUGGCACGAAGAUCCGUUGUUCUGUGAGCGUCAUUCCAAGAAUUGUCCUCUGGAAUUAAUUGGGGUUAAUAGUUUUACGGCGAGCUAACAUUUUUUAGAGUAUCGAAGAGUGUAAGUUAAAAGUAAAUAUCUGUUUAUCGCAAAUAAAAUAAAUAUACAAUA